ACAUCCAGGAAGUAGUUUGUUCAUUGAAAAGUUCCGAACCAAGCAGUGUCUGAUCAGUUCCAGUUGUAAAUAUUGUGCAUUCUUUUCUUGUUGUCAUAAACUUUUGUUUCAACGUUUUUUGCUCAAAGUGACUCUUGUUCCGCUUGUCGAUUUUUAAUUUAUACAAUUGGUCGAUCUGAAUAAAAUUUAUUUUAUGGACUAUGAAGUGACAUAAUUAUUCGCUCGAAGCUGUUGGGUUGGAAGAGGAGUAGGCUAGCUAAAUUUACAUUUUCAAGUAUAUUUUGUUCCUACCAUUUGCCAUGUAUUAGUGUUGUAACUCUAGCUGAUAUGAUUCUAACCUAGAAUAUACAACUGUUAAAACCUAAGACUAAAUUUACAUUGAAGUAACUUACUUUUUUACAAUUGAAAUUUAGUAGCCCUAACCUAAAUUGGUGCUAGCCUAGGUCUAGUACUCCCAGGAUCUGUCCUUGAAAUAAAACCAUCUCAUUAUGAGGUAUGCUCAGCUUGUAAUGGGGCCUGCUGGCAGUGGAAAAUCAACUUAUUGUUCUGCAAUUGCUAAACACGCUGAAGCUGAGAAUAAAGUGAUUCAAGUGGUGAAUUUAGAUCCAGCAGCUGAGUAUUUUGAUUACGAACCAUUUGUAGAUGUGCGAGAACUAAUUCAGGUAGAUGAUGCUAUGGAAGAUGAAGACAUGCAGUUUGGACCAAACGGAGGAUUGGUUUUUUGUAUGGAGUAUUUGUUAGAAAAUGUAGAUUGGUUAAGAGAUCAGUUAGGAGAUGGUGAUGAUGACUACACAAUUUUCGACUGUCCAGGACAGAUAGAACUGUAUACUCACAUGAAUACAAUUAAACACCUGGUUGAGCUAUUACAGCAAUGGAAUUUCAAUGUUUGUGGAGUGUUUUUGGUUGAUGCUCAGUUCAUGGUUGACGGACCCAAAUUUCUAUCAGGAACCAUGGCAGCUCUAUCAGUCAUGGUGAAUUUAGAAUUACCUCAUGUCAAUGUGUUGAGUAAAAUGGAUCUUCUUACCAAAUCUGCUCGUAAUCGUCUUGACAGUUACCUUGAUCCAGAUCCCAAUGCCUUGUUGCAAGACAACGAAAAAACAUCAACGUGGAAUUCAAAAUACCGAAAGUUAACAGAAGCACUUGGACAGAUAAUAGAAGACUUUAGUUUGGUACGUUUCCAUCCUUUGAAUAUUAAGGACGAAGAAAAUUUGGCGGACUUGCUGUUGACAAUUAACAAUGUUAUCCAGUAUGGUGAGGACGCUGAUGUUAAAACUAAAGACUUUGAGUAUCCUGAUCCGGAAGAAGAAAACGUGGAAGAUGGCGACUAAAAUGACUUUAAACUUCUAAUUAGCCUAACCUAAACAAAAAACUUCCAUAAUUUACCAUCAACAUUGUUGGAUACCAUCCUAUGCCUAGGCUACCCUAUGUCAUUAUCAGGUAAUUUUAAUAAAACACACAUCUUUACAAUUUCUAA